AUGAACACUCCAUGGGACGCAUGCAAAAGGCUCAGGACCAACAAGAUUGACUUGCAUGGACCAUUGCCUCCCGUGCCAGUUACUGCAAAGGUAUGUCACUCAGAGUGUGUUGCAACUGAGAUCCUUUCUUUUAAACAGAUCGGAGUCAAAGCUGCCAAACAUGCUGAUGAUCGUUUGUGGUCAGACAAAUUGUCAUGGGAGCGCAAGUGUGCUUACAAAAAAUGGGUUAGCAUCAUCUUGAGGCAGGUUGGAGCUUUUGACAUUGCCAGACAACAGGCUACUUGUCACACCAUGGAAUUUGCGCGUGGAGGCCUAUUGGAGUCGGUGAAAGACUCGUUGGGCACCAAGGCUUCAUCGACGCUUCAUGCGAGGGCAGGGCCUAUUUUGCAGUACAUUCAGUUUUGUGAAGACAGAGGGUUGCAGGCCUUCCCAUUGAUUGAACCAGUGGUUUAUGACUACGUCAAGUCAUGUGAAACAAAGGCUGCAACCUAUGCUAGGUCCUUUCUCUUGGCGUUGAGUUUUACAAAUUUUCAUUUUGGACUCACUGGGACGCUGUCCAUCAUGAGCUCUGGACGCAUUCGUGGCUUGGCAAACACCAUGUACUCCAAGAAAAGAAAGCUGACACAGAGGCCGCCCUUGUCAGUGGAUCAGAUUGAACACCUUGAAAACAUAGUUUUGGAUGGUCGCAGGACCGAAUUCGAUCGACUGGCUGGCGGAUUCUUUCUUUUCAUUUUGAUGGGCAGGCUCAGAUUUAGCGAUGGGCAACAGGUGUGCCAACUCAAGCUGGAUCAACAACCUGAUGGCUUUGGCUUUGUGGAAGCAGUGGCAGCCAAAACCAAGACCUCUGUCAGCUUGGAAAGGAAAACACGUCACCUUCCAGUUGCCGUUCCUCUCAUGGCAUUCGGUGCCAGGCAAUGGCUGCCUACGUGGUUGGAGCUGCGGAAGAAAGCCUUUGGAGAUGCCUCCAACAGCAAGGAGGAGUUCAUCCCUCUUUUGCCUUCACCAACUGCCAACGGUUCCUGGACCAAAAUUCCAUUGACAGUUACAGAACCAGGUUAUGAAGUUGCAGAAGAAGAAGAAUUGAGUGAAUCCUUCCCGAAGGAGAAGACUUGGCUUGCGAAAAGGAAGAUGUCCGCAUCAUACGAUGUGCUGGAGCCCAAACCUUCCUUUUGCCAUCCAGCUUGCCAACUUUGCUUCAAAGAUCGGGCCACCUGCUUGCUCCAGCAGACAGCAGAAAGAGCAGAACGUUUGCGUUUGCAACAGCAGCGCCUGUCAGGUGUCAACAUUUCAGGAUCGAAGAAAGACCAAACCCUGACCUUCGACUCGACAGGUGUCCUCAAGCUCCACAAGCAGUCUCGAGUCGAGCCUUGCAGCACUGCUACAGAAAUUCAGGUUCGUUAUUGCUUGACUCGGAGAGCGCUGGCCUUGGAACAAGCCAACGUAGUCAGUUUCAAAAACAUGGAAUCAUGGUCAGAGAAGAUGAUGCAAUCACGUUUGGAUGAGCCUCCACCGAGUUACAUCAAAACCACCAUGAAACAACUGGAGCCCGCUGAUAGAAAACUGUUUCUUCUCAUCAGUGAAAAGACGAGGGAGGGCAUCAAGUGCAACGCCAAAGGACGCCCAGUUGACGAUGUCUUCAAAGAGUGCAUGGAAAGUUCAGAGGUGAUGUCGUUGUUACAACCACGACCUGGAGGUAGCAGUGCAGGACCCAGACCAGCUGAAGCUCAUCCAGAAGGAGAUCAACAGAUCGACAUCGAGAUGGAGGCAACUCGACAGAAUUCAAGUUUUUGCGAACAUGUAGAAGAGCCAGCCACGGAUCCUUUGCAGAGUCAAAACUGUGAGCAGAGACGCAUCGCUAUCUUGACGGACUGGGCAAGGCGUGCAAAAGCGCUGAGCAAUCUGGAGACUCAAUUGAAGUCCAACAUGAAUCCCAACGUGGCAAAAAUCAUGGCACCAAAGCGCAUUUUACUCAUGAGGACCAUGGACCACACUUUGUGGUCCCUCUUCACAGUCCUGAAGUUUCUGCUGUUUGAUGGACGUUUGGAUUUCACACUCAGCUCAGGAGAACAUUUGUGCGCCGAGGUUCACCCAGCCUGGAAAAGCGUUGAACCGAACUUCAAAACUUCCUGCAUCGACCUCAAGUCGGCAUACAAACAACUUCCACUGAAUGAAGACAACUACAAGGAUUCAGUGGUGACCAUUUGGAAUCCUGACAAAAAAUGUGUUGAAUGUUUUGUUAUGAAAGUGCUCCCCUUCGGAGCUGCAGCAAGCGUCCAUCAUUUCUUGCGUGUGAGCACCUUCCUGCAAGCAGUGGGCAGGUACAUGGGAUUACUUUGGUCAGCUUUCUUUGACGACUUUGUGCUGCUCAGCCAUGCAAUGCACGAAUCCAGCACCAUGACAACGGCCCUCAGCCUUUUUGAUAUUUUGGGUUUUCAAUACAGCAAAGACAAGUUGCAACCUUUCAAAGACAAAACUGAAAUGCUGGGAGUCGAACUCGACUUGUCGGCGGUGAAAACUGGCACGAUCAAAGUGAGAAACAAAGCUUCACGAACGAGCGAGCUUUGUGAAAUUUUGGAGCGAAUCUUGAAACAGAAGAAAGUGGUAGUCAAGGAGUUGCCGACUACUCUUGGUAAGCUUCAAUUUGCGAAGGACAGCUUUGGGGAAGAUCGGGACGUCUUGCCUUGUCUGAGCUCAGACGCCAUGAAAAAUCUGGAGACAAAGUAG